AUGCACGCUAAACUGGCAGUAUUGCUCGCCUCAUUGGCAUAUACAGUCAAUCCUGUUUUAGCCGCAACAAAGGUCAUGUUCCUCGGUGACUCAAUCACCGGCUCACCUCGGCUGAAAGGGCUGUUGGCGGGCUCUACUUUGGACUCAGUUGGUAAAUGCGGGAAAACAAACGUAGACAUGGUUGGAACCCUCCCGGCUCAAGGCUGUGGAAUUCCUUAUGAUGGCGAUAACGAAGGACAUGGUGGAUAUCUCGCUACAAAUAUCGCGAACCAGAAUAUGCUUCCUGCCUGGCUAUCUGCUACGACGCCCGACGUAGUGGCAAUGACGUUGGGUACAAACGAUGUCUGGAGUAGCAUAGCCCCUGCCACGAUUCUUACCGCUUUUAGCAAAUUAGUAGACCAAAUGCGUGCAAGCAAGCCAACAAUGAAAAUUCUUGUUGCUCAAAUCCUUCCCAUGAAUCCUUCUGGUUGCACGGAAUGCAAUCAGCGAGUUAUUGCAUUUAACAGUGCGAUACCAGCCUGGGCAAAGAAUAAGACAACUACUGCUUCACCGAUCACUGUUGUUGACCUAUACAAGGGUUUCAAUACCACCACGGAUACCUAUGAUGGGGUUCAUCCCAACGAGAAUGGCAACGCCAAGAUUGCGGCUUCUUACUAUCCAUUUGUAUAUAACGUUGUUUAG